AUGAAUACGAUAUCCAAUUGGACGAAAACCAUUGGUACUCACGUCGUGGGGUCANCAAUUUCGCAAAAACGAAUUGUCACUACUGGAUAUCCUCUUUUCAAGGAGGAUUUGGAGUCCAUCGCAUCACGGUUGGAAAAGAAUGAGCUGUGGGUGCAUAGCGAAUACCUUGAUACGGUCAGCUCCAUCAAACAUACAAUUGUGCGAAGAACAUUUAUUCCUCCCGUCAACUGCGACGUUUGCAAGAACCCGAUUUGGCUCGUGGGAUAUCGUUGCGAAUUUUGCCAAUUCAAAUUUCAUCAACGAUGCUCUUCGUUCGCGCCUCUCUAUUGUGAUUUAAUUCAAACUGUUCCACGCGAUGAAGCGCUGGCCCAACGCCUUCUACUAAUUGCCUCGCGAAUGGAAGGUCAGGAUGCUGAAAUAGCAGAGAGCGUGCUCAAUCAAUUACAACCGAACCCAAGCCCUGCUCACACUCCCGAAGGAAGUCAUGCUGAUCUCACUUUGAAAAGAGGAGGUGGUGUGAAGCGCCACCAGCCACCUGCCAACGUUGCAACAAGAGAUGCACCAGGUCCAUUAGCUCCAUAUCCACGAGAUCGAUCAUCAUCCGCUCCCAAUAUAAAUGCUAUCAAUGAUGAGGUUGUGCUAGAACACAAUCAGCGUAUUUUGGACGCAUUGGAAAUGCAGCAUCAUGCCGAAGCUGAAACGGCGACGCGGACGUAUUUGCGGUGUAACAAACCCAGAUCGCAGUUUCAAAGUGGUCAACUUACAGCUGUCAAUGUUGCCCCACCGGGAGGAGGCCUGGUCGUGAGAAGACCACCUAAUCGCUUGCAUCCUCGAGCUGAUACUUCCCCCUUCGGUUCUAAUUCACCUUCAAGUACUUGUUCAUCUCCACCUGCUAAUCAGCAACAUGCUGGGCAGCUCUUACCACCUGCGCUGCCUCUUACUCCGCCACAAAGUGCUCCUCCGCAAAAGGUGCUCGAUAAAUUACGCGGAGUUUCUCUACCGAAGUUAACCCGUUCGACAUCAGCUCCUAGUCUCUACAGAGGUCUCAUGGAGGCAACAGAAUCGAUUGGAGGUUAUAAUUCGAACGCGUCUCGGACCACUCAUCACCUUUGGGGCUACCUUUAG